AUGCUUUUGAUACAGAGUGACUUCCUGAAGGCGUUGUUCUUCCUCCUCUUCCCGAUCGUCGACUUUGUCAGUGGACCGAUCAAGUCCGAUUCGACCUUCUGUCAAGCCAGCGGAUUCUUCCUCACGAUUGGUAUCGAAGCAUGUGAUGUGGCUAUCUUUCUCAUCACAUUACAUGGCGCUCUCUACAUCUUUCGACCGAAGAGGUCUGGAGGUGAAAGUGGUCUCUACCCCUAUAGGCGCAUCGCUUAUGCCGUCUAUAUCGUCUUUCCGGUCCUCCUGGCCUGCCUGGCGUUCGUCAAAGGCACCCCCGCUUACGAGAAUACGGGAGAGUAUUGUUAUCUCUCAGUCCGAGACCCGUGGUACCGCAUGGCACUCAGCUGGGUACCACGGUAUGUUGUCUUCAUCUCCAUUCUGGUGCUCAGCUGUGUGGUGUACUUUUAUGUUACGACACUGCUUGGCCGCUAUGGUAGACGUAGCUCUUUCAGGCCUUCGCAGAACAGGGUCCCGCCGCCGCCGACCCCGCCGUUGGCAUAUCAUGGCCUGAUCCCUUCGGGGCCCGAAUCGCGACGGCCAUCCGCCCAAACCGAACGCGGGGGUACGCGGGACCGGCCUACAUCGGUCGGUUCGCUGUGGACGGCCCCGCUCAUCCAGGGCCGCCGUCCCUCCAGGUUGCCCGACAGCAAGCAGGCCUCGUGGCGAUCAGACCAACGCCAAAUUCCGAAUUGGGAUGAUUGGAACUUCAAGUCGAGCAGCAAGAGACUGAAUCUGGAAUGCGAAACACCGUCGACCGGUGUAAGCACGCCGGUCAUACAGCCACUAUCGGCACAGAUCAAGCCACCCGCCCCGGUACACGGAGUGCCCUCUGCACGCCGCGACUCGGCGCUGAAGCAUGUUACUCGGGCCGGCGACGACACGGAAAGCUCGCGUGAAACCACCCCGCAGACUGCUACCCCGAAUGGUACCACCAUGUUGCCCGCUCCGAUCCUCGGUGAGACUAUUACCAGUGCCUCUAUCAUGGAUCUCAUUGCUGUCCUGCGCCGGGGUCCCAGCGACUUCGAUUCUUCUCACGACUCGUCCGAGGUGUAUCUCUCUUCGGCGGGUGCCGACGCUAAUGACGGUCUGGCACGCUCACGGCACCGCACUCGUCGGCAACUUAAACUACUAUUCGUCUAUCCUGUCGUCUACAUCCUGACAUGGAUCUUUCCUUUUGUUUCACACAUCUUGCAGUACGACGACGCGUUUACUCCCGACGGCUCGGACGGACCGUUUUGGCUUCUAGCUCUCAGCCUGGCCUCUCUAUGCACCCAGGGAACGGUUGACUGCGUCUUGUUCAUGGUCCGGGAGAAGCCUUGGCGCCACGUCAAAGGCGGCUUCUGGGAGAGCCUACGCAAGCGAAUGACCUUCACUCUGAAAGGGAGGAUUGCCGGAAGCGGCAGAACUGCAGAGGAGAUGGUCAAUGACGGCCGGACCGCACGAGCCCGGCGGAACCAUGAGAUGGCGCAGGAGGAUCUUAAGAGGACAGAGAGGGCGCAGAUGACGAGAGACUCACUGAGCUCCCGGCAAGCGCCCAGAAAAGGCGGUGCUCAUUGGUGGGAUGCAGAGGCGGGCGUAUCGGGUGGUGAGGAUGACUGA